AUGCAUGAGAAGCUGAAGAUAGCAGCCCAGAAAUAUGAGAGAAUGGGAGAUGUGCUGAUUGGAGGUGCUUUUCCCAUCCUUUCUACAAACUUUUCUUCUUUUGGUGACUUUACUUCCCCACCUGCUCGAGGAAACUCCACAGGCUUUUUAUACUGGGGUUCUGCGGCCUGCCAGGGUUUUGUCUUUGCCACCGAGGAGAUCAACAGAGAUGUCCAUUUGCUCCCCAACCUCACCCUGGGCUUCUCCAUCUGGGACUCUGGGGAUUCUGUUGAUGGGGUUCUCCUGGGAACCAUGGACUUUCUGACUGGGCAGGGGAAUCCAGUCCCCAAUUACAGCUGCCGAGCCCAGCCUCCCCAGACUGCCCUCGUUGGGGAACUUCGUUCUGCUCUUUCUGUGCCUAUAGCUAGAUGGUUGGGACUUUAUAAAUUCCCCCAGAUCAGCUAUGGAUCCAGCAUAGUCAGCCUGAGUGACAAGACCCACUUUCCUUCAUUCUUGAGGACAAUUUCCAAUGACCAAGCCUGGUUCCAAGGUGUUACCAUCUUGCUGGACCACUUUGGCUGGAUUUGGGUAGGAAUUGUCUCUUCUGAUGAUGACUAUGGGAAUCAAGGGAGCUCCCUGAUGAGAGAUGAGCUGGAGAAGUUUGGCAUCUGCCAGGAAUUUCUUAUUGUUUUUCCUGCUUUUCAUUUUCCAGAGAAGUUCCAACAAAACCAAUGCUUGUUUCAAAAAUCAACAGCCAAAGUCAUCAUUACUAUUUUAAGUAAUUCAAAUUAUCUUGAGUUCUUACAUUUCUUCUCACCAAAUGACAUUUCUGGAAAGAUAUGGAUAAGAAGCUAUGUACUCACUGGAACUCCAUGGAAUGAGUUGAUGAGAUACAAUUCAGAUUUUCCUCAAAUUAUCAGCAUCUCUCUGAAUCAGCCAACAAUUCAAGGGUUUCCAAAGUUUUUCAGACAACUGCAUCCAGAUAGGACAUCAGAAGAUAUCUUUGUGAAUUUUGGAGGAGGAAAUGAUUUUAAUUGCACAGGAGAGGGCCAGGACACAAGUUCCUUGGGGAACAGAAUAGAGCCUGGAGCAGACCAGCUCUGCACAGGAUCAGAGCACCUACAAGACAAAGACAUCCCUUCAUUCAAUCUGGGAAAACUGAGUAUAACCUAUAAUGCUUACAAAGCAGUGUACAGUAUAGCCCAUGCCCUCCAGGACCUGAGCUCCUGUGAGGAAGGAGAAGAUCCUACUGGAAACAGAAUGUGCCCAGAUAUCAAGACCUUCAGACCCUGGCAGCUCUUGCAAUAUGUCAGAAAGGUACAUUUCCAGAUGCCUCAGAACACUGAGGUCUUUUUUGAUGCCAAUGGAGAUAUUCCUUCUGUCUACAACAUUCUGAAUGUACAGAAAAAUGCUGAAGGCUUCUUUGAUUUGAUUACUGUUGGCUAUGUGGAUUCUACAGCACCAUGUGGAAAAGAAAUUGUUGUCAAUGAGAGUGCUAUCCAAUGGAAAGGAGGAAAGACCCAGGUCCCUCAAUCGGUCUGCAGGGAGAGUUGCCCUCCUGGGUCCAGCCAGAUUCUUACCAAGGGAUGGUCUCCCUGCUGUUUUGAUUGUGAGCCCUGCCCAGAGGGUCAGUUUGCAGACCAUAGAGAUAUGCAGCAGUGUGUAAAGUGCCCAGAGGACCAAUAUGCAAACACUCAGAGAGAUGGCUGCCUCCCCAAAGUUGUCACUUUCCUGGCCUAUGAAGAACUUCAUGGGAUUGUUGUGACUUGUAUGGCUCUUGCCUUCUCCCUCCUCACAGGCCUAGUCUUCAUGAUCUUUAUGAAAUACAGAGACACUCCCAUAGUCAAAGCUAAUAACAGGGCUCUCAGCUAUAUUCUGCUUCUCUCCCUCACCCUCUGCUUCCUUUGCUCAUUGCUCGUCAUUGGUCGCCCAACCACAGCUAGCUGCCUGCUCCGAUAUGUGACUUUUGGAAUUACCUUCACAGUGGCCAUCUCUUCUGUUUUGGCCAAAACCAUCACUGUGGUUCUGGCCUUCAAGGCUACAAGACCUGGAAGCUGGCUCAGAAGGUGGGCAAGUACUAGAGUGUCCAAUGCUAUUGUCCUCAUCUGCUCCCUCAUCCAAGUGGCCCUCUGUGGCAUCUGGAUAGCCAUUUCUCCACCCUUUGUAGACAUGGUCACUGACUUUGAACUUACCUACAUCCUCAUCAUUUGCAAUGAGGGUUCCAUAAUCACCUUUUACUGUGUCCUGGGCUACAUGGGAUUCCUUGCUCUAGGGAGCUUCACUGUGGCUUUCUUGUCCAGGAACCUGCCUGACACCUUCAAUGAGGCCAAGUUUAUCACCUUCGGUAUGUUGGUGUUCUGUAGUGUCUGGUUCCCUUUCCUUCCUGCUUAUCAACGCACCAAGGGAAAGACCAUGGUGACUGUGGAGGCCUUUGCCAUCUUGGCCUCCAGUGCUGGGAUACUGAUCUGCAUCUUUGUCCCCAAGUGCUAUGUGAUUCUAUGGAAGCCACAUCAGAACACCCAGGAGUGGUUAAAGGGCCAACAUUAUUUGAAGGAGGAAAUUUCACCUUAA